AUGGAACAACGCUUCUUUGAUCAUGAGGCACGUUUUGAAUCUGAGGAAGAUGUUGGACUUAAGCAGAAAAAUAAAUCGAUCCCAGCCCCAGCAGCAGUCUCAGACAGUGAUAGUGGCUGUUUUGAAUGCAACAUUUGCUUAGACUCAGCACAUGAUCCUGUUGUCACCCUCUGUGGUCACCUAUAUUGCUGGCCAUGCAUGUACAAAUGGCUCCAUGUUAAAACCUCCUCCCCUGAUGCUGGUCAGCAGCAGCCGAGCUGCCCUGUCUGCAAGGCUCACAUUUCUCCAAAUUCAUUGGUUCCCCUUUAUGGCCGCGGUCCAUCCCCAUCAGAAUCAAAAUCCAAGGAGACCCCAGUGGAUGCAGUCAUACCCCGUAGGCCACUCCCUUCUGGGUUGAAUACUGUGAAUACUAAUACAUCACUUCAAAGUCGGCAACUUCAUUCAAAUUUUUUCAAUCCACAGUCUCAGUCGUUUCAACACCAACAAUACUUCCAUGAUCCUUAUGGAGGUUAUGGAGCCAUGGCCUCUUUAAACCAUGGGGGUACCGUGAUGACUGGUUUUUUCAAUCCAAUGAUAGGGAUGUUCAACGAGAUGUUGUUCGCAAGGAUUUUUGGAACAUCAGUCACGAAUAUGUUUGCUCACCCUUACACAAAUGAACUCAUGAGAAGUAGCAAUCCUAGGAUGAGGAGGCAGGAAAUGCAGCUUGACAAGUCUCUAAAUAGAGUGUCCAUCUUUCUUCUUUGCUGCAUUAUUUUGUGCCUUCUCUUGUUUUGA